GAUCAUAAACAAGCAUGCAUCGAUAUAUACCUACCACUUUUCAAUACCUACCCACAAACCCCACCAAGAUUUGAGUGCCCAUUGUCAACGACUCUCUCUCUCUCCUCUCGCGGCCUCUUGCUUUACUUUGCGUUUUUCUUACUGUUUGGGCUGGCUUGAUUUCUCCGUCUCGCUACCCAGCUGUUUUUGGUUUCUUCUCAAUGAUGGAGGCGAGGCUGUUGAGGGUCGCUUCCCCUGCCAUGAUAACCCAUGAUGGGUCGAAAUUUUCACGGUCAUAUUCGUUCUUUAGCCAUCCCGGUAGGCAAAAUUGCAGCUUUCGGUUCCUCAAUUCGAGAGUUUCAAAGCGUGGAAUUCUAUUGGUUAAAGCUUCUGCAACUUCCAUCAGAUUGGAAAAGAAAAACCGUGUAGAUGAGAGCGAGAGCUAUACUUUAGAUGGGAUAAGAAAUUCUUUGAUUCGGCAAGAGGAUAGCAUUAUAUUUAGUCUGGUGGAGAGAGCUCAGUAUUCUUAUAAUGCAGAGACGUAUGACCCGAAUGCUUUUCUCAUGGAUGGGUUCCAAGGAUCUUUGAUUGAAUUCAUGGUCAAAGAAACUGAAAAGCUUCAUGCUCUGGUUGGAAGAUACAAAAGUCCUGAUGAGCAUCCUUUCUUCCCAGAUGAUUUACCUGAACCAAUGUUGCCACCUUUGCAAUACCCACAGGUUCUGCAUCCCGCUGCUGAUACAAUCAAUAUCAAUGCAAAAAUAUGGAAUAUGUAUUUUAAAGAUCUUUUGCCAAGAUUGGUUAAGGAUGGUGAUGAUGGUAAUUGUGGAUCGGCUUCCUCUUGCGACACGCUUUGUUUGCAGGCCCUUUCGAAGAGAAUUCAUUAUGGUAAAUUUGUGGCUGAAGCAAAAUUUCAAGCCUCGCUCGAUGUCUACGAAGCUGCCAUUCGAGCACAGGACAGGGCCCAACUAAUGGAUUUUCUGACAUACCCUGCAGUGGAAGAGGCUAUCAAAAAGAGAGUAGAGAUGAAAACCAGAACUCAUGGGCAAGAGGUGGCCAUCAAUAAUGGUGAAGAUGGAGCUGAUCCUGUGUACAAAAUUAAACCUAGCUUAGUUGCAGAUUUAUAUGGUGACUGGAUCAUGCCAUUGACAAAAGAAGUUCAAGUUGAGUAUUUGAUGAGAAGACUGGAUUGAAUGGGAGAGAAGAGGUUUGAACCGAAAAAACCCGUGUCUGGGUGAAUGUGCAUAUCGAAGAGGACUAAUAUUUACCCUUCUAUAGUCAUCACGGCCAUGGACACUCAAUUUCAUAUCAUGUAUAAAUCAAAUCCUGUGAGUCAAAUCCGUGAAAAACUAUUUGUUAAAUGGGUUUGAUCAAUCUGUGUAUCCUUUGAACUUAUUAAAAUUAUACUCAAAUUUGAUGUCUUGAGACGAGGGUGGUUAUUUUCGUUAUGACGUGACUCACUAACAUGAAUAAUAAAUGAGUUAUAA